AUGGGCGAAUGUCCUGUCCACAACAGCCAGCGCGCCAACGUCGGCGGCGGCGGCACAAGAAACAAAGACUGGUGGCCCAACGACCUCAAGCUCAACAUCCUGCGCCAGCACACUCAAGUGACAAACCCAUAUGACAAAGACUUCGACUAUGCCGCAGCCUUCAACAGUCUAGACUACUUCGCCCUGAAGAAGGACCUGGAGAAGGUCAUGACCGACUCGCAGGACUGGUGGCCUGCCGACUUUGGUCACUACGGCGGUCUAUUCAUCCGCAUGGCCUGGCACAGCGCUGGUACGUACCGUGUCUUUGAUGGCCGUGGUGGUGGCGGCCAGGGACAGCAGCGCUUUGCUCCGUUGAACAGCUGGCCGGACAAUGUCAGCUUGGACAAGGCUCGCCGUCUGCUUUGGCCUGUUAAGCAAAAGUACGGCAGCAAGAUCUCCUGGGCUGAUCUGCUGAUCCUGACUGGUAAUGUGGCGCUCGAGUCGAUGGGCUUCAAGACCUUUGGCUUCGCUGGUGGCCGCAAUGAUACCUGGGAGGCGGACGAGUCGGUCUUCUGGGGUGCUGAGCAGGAGUGGUUCGGCAAUGAUGUUCGCUAUGAGAAUGGCGAGCUGGAUGACCCUCUUGCUGCUGCACAUAUGGGUCUGAUUUAUGUCAACCCUGAGGGUCCCAAUGGAAACCCUGACCCUGUUGCCGCGGCGAAGGAUAUCAAGACUACCUUUGGUCGUAUGGCCAUGACCAACGAGGAAACCGUUGCCCUGAUUGCCGGUGGACACACAUUCGGUAAGACGCACGGGGCUGCCCCCGGUAGCCACAUGGGCAAGGAACCUCACGCGGCUGGGCUCGAGAACCAGGGUCUGGGCUGGAAGAACAGCUACGGGACUGGUGUCGGCCCUCAUGCAAUCACCAGCGGAAUCGAAGUCAUCUGGACCAAGACCCCAACUAAGUGGAGCAACCAGUUCCUCGAGUACCUGUUCAAGUACGAAUGGGAACUGACCAAGAGCCCUGCCGGUGCCAACCAGUGGACAGCCAAGUCUGAGCCUUUCGUCCCUGAUGCAUUUGACCCCAACGUCAAGCACCCGCCGCGCAUGCUGACAACUGAUCUUGCCCUCCGAUUCGACCCCGAGUUCGAGAAAAUCGCGCGCCGCUACCUCGAGAACCCAGACCAGCUCGCGGACGCCUUCGCACGCGCCUGGUUCAAGCUCACCCACCGUGACGUCGGUCCCAGAAUCCUCUACCAGGGGCCCGAAGUCCCAUCUGAGGUCUUCACCUGGCAAGACCCGCUGCCCUCAGUGAACCACCCCAUCAUCGACAACGAUGACAUUGCUGCACUGAAAAAGGCGAUCCUCUCCUCUGGCGUCGACCACACCAACUACAUCUCUACCGCCUGGGCUGCCGCAUCGACUUUCCGCGGCAGCGACAAGCGCGGCGGUGCCAACGGCGCCCGUAUUGCCCUCGCUCCCCAGAACGGCUGGAAGAUCAACGACCAGCCCUGGCUAGCCCAGUCUCUGGAUGCCCUGAAGUCAAUCCAGAAGCAGUUCAACGAUGCCCAGAGCUCCAACAAGCGCGUCUCACUAUCAGACCUGAUCAUCCUCGCUGGGUCUACAGCUGUUGAAAAGGCCGCCCGCGACGCAGGCCACGACACCUCCGUCAACUUCAUCCCCGGCCGUGCAGACGCCACCCAGGAACAGACGGACGUCGACUCCUUUAACAACCUGCAGCCCAUCGCCGACGGGUUCCGUAACUACGGCCGCGGCACUACCCGCGUGCGCACCGAGGACUACCUCGUCGACAAGGCGCACCUGCUUACCCUCUCUGCUCCGGAACUGACGGUGCUUAUUGGCGGUCUCCGUGUGCUGAACAACAACUACGACCGCUCGAACCUCGGCGUGUUCACGAACCGCGUCGGGCAGCUGAGCAACGACUUCUUCGUGAACCUGCUCGAUAUGGGCACAGAGUGGAAACCCACGGACGCCAGCAACGAGGUCUUCGUCGGCACUGACCGCAAGACCGGCGCCCAGAAGUGGAAGGGCUCUCGUGCGGACUUGGUCUUUGGCUCUCAUGCUGAGCUGCGCGCGCUUGCCGAGGUUUAUGGUAGCUCUGACGGCGAGGCGAAGUUUGUGCGGGACUUUAUCAGUGCUUGGGAGAAGGUUUCUAAUCUGGAUCGGUUUGAUUUGAGGCGCUCGAAUGCGUCGCCCAGGACUCGGUCGCAGCUUUAG